AAAAUUUUGAAAUCUACCCACACGGGAGUUUGCAAUUUAACGGAUUACAUCGAUUUAAAAAUGGAUGAGGAAGAAUCACAUUCACAGACUAUUAACCUAUUAAAGACAUCGAUUAGUUGGCACUUGAGUCUAUUCAAUUUCUGUGAUCGAAUUUUUCAACCUCUCACUGAACUUCGACCAGAUAUAAAGACUCAACAGAUGCAUACGCACGUCUCAGUUGAUCCGGAUCCUCUGAAGUUCAAACGAGACAAAUCCACAGAUGCUAUGAUCGUGCGUCGAUUGCUUGGUUACAUCUGGCCGAAAGAAAACCCCGCCAUUCGUCGACGAGUUGUCACUGCAUUUUGCCUCUUGUUGGCUUCUAAAUUCACAAAUAUUGCUGUUCCCUUCGUCUUCAAAUAUGGGGUUGAUGUCCUUUCUGGUGAUACUCCAGUUCUCAUUUCCGAUUGUUCUCCUGUCUCCAUGGCUGUUAUUACUAUGCUCACUUAUGGUGCUGUGCGAACUGCAUCCUCGGGAUUCAAGGAGCUUCAGAAUGCGACUUUUGCGCGAGCGGCACACUCCUCAAUUAGGAAGGUCGGCGUUUCGGUGUUUAAUCAUGUCCUCACCCUAGACUUAUCCUACCACCUUGACAGACGCACUGGCGCAGUUGGUAAAGCCAUCGAUCGAGGAGCGCGCGCCAUCCAAUUUGUUCUCACCGCACUCGUUUUCAAUCUCUUUCCCACCCUCCUUGAAGUCUGUCUUGUCACUGGCAUUCUGUUCCAAAAGUACGGAUUGGAGUGCAGUGCCGUCGCCCUCGCCUGCAUUGGUGUAUAUACAACCUUCACUUUUGCUGUCACCCGAUGGCGUACUGAGUUCCGUCGUGAGAUGAACAGAGCCGAUGGACUUGCUGGUAGUCAUGCCACAGAUGCUAUGAUCAACUAUGAAACUGUCAAAUACUUUGGUAACGAAGCUCACGAGACUGCCACCUACGACGAACUUCAGAAGCGCUACGAAAAAGCCAGCAUCAAGACCUCUACCAGUCUGGCAGCCCUCAAUUUCGGUCAGGUGGCCAUCUUCUCAGCAGGUCUCGCGGCUACAAUGGCUCUGGUGGCCGGACACAUUGAUCCAGAGGCCAUUAUGGCCGUAAAGAACGCUGCCACCGCUACCACAUCGGGUUUAACUGUGGGCGACUUGGUGCUGGUAAACGGGCUCCUCUUUCAGCUCUCAAUGCCGCUUAACUUCCUAGGUGGAAUCUACCGGGAGGUGAGGCAGUCCCUUGUGGAUAUGACCACCAUGUUCAAGCUGCUUGAAAUUAAACCUAUCAUUCAGACAUUGCCGGGAGCACCACAGUUGAAUGUUACCAAGGACAAUGCGAGCAUUGAAUUUCGUGAUGUCACCUUCUCCUACCAAAAGAGUGGGGAUUUGCAGCGCAAACUCUGUGAUAAUCUCUCCUUCAAAAUUGAACCUGGCCAACGAGUAGCGAUAGUGGGCUCAAGCGGUAGCGGCAAGUCGACGCUGGUUCGUCUGCUCUGCCGUUUCUACGAUCCAGACGCUGGUUCCAUCUUCAUAGGCGGAAAGGAUAUUAAAAAUGUGGACCUAACCAGCCUUCGUCAGGCAAUGGCCAUUAUUCCACAAGACACAGUGCUCUUUCACAAUACCAUCUUCUACAAUCUGAAGUAUGGAAAUCUCACAGCGACUGACGAAGAGGUCUACAAUGCCUCCAGACUCGCUGAUCUCGAGGUGGCUAUUGAACGCAUGCCUCUGCGCUAUGAAACCCAGGUCGGCGAGCGUGGUCUCAAGUUGUCGGGUGGGGAGAAACAACGUGUGGCAAUUGCUAGAGCACUACUCAAGAAAGCUCCCAUCCUUAUCUACGACGAGGCCACCUCUUCACUUGACACUAUCACUGAGGGCACUAUCUUACGACGUCUUGCAGCGGCUACCCCCGGGGUAACUUCAAUCGUUAUUGCUCAUCGGUUGAGCACAAUUGUGGACGCUGACAGGAUCAUAGUGCUUCGAAAUGGUCAAGUGCUAGAGGAUGGUACCCACAAGAGCCUCCUUACACAACCGAAUUCCUACUAUGCUCAGCUCUGGUACCAACAGAUGACGGCUAGAGUAGAUGGCGAAUAG